UUAGUAAAAAAACGAAUCUGAUGAGCCUGAUGAGCGCAGCAGGACCAGCGGUCAGCUUCCAGGGUCACCAGCGAGACUUUAUGAUGGAGCAGAAAGUCAGUAAGCUGACUUCUGGCUUUCAGCGCAGCUCCACAUCUGAUGAUGACUCGGGCUGCGUGUUGGAGGAGUACGCUUGGGUACCACCCGGCCUUCGACCCGAACAGAUCCAGUUAUAUUUUUCCUGCCUGCCUGAGGACAAGAUCCCAUACGUCAACAGUCCAGGAGAGAAGUUCAGGGUCAAGCAGCUCCUCUACCAACUGCCGCCACAUGAUAAUGAGGUCCGGUAUUGCCAGUCUCUCUCAGAGGAAGAGAAGAAAGAACUACAAAUUUUCAGUGUCCAGAGGAAGAAGGAGGCAUUGGGCAGAGGCAUGGUGAAACCGCUGCCCCGCAACCUUCUGAACAGCAUUUGUGAACACUGUGGUGAAAGCAUCAAUGGUGGGGAAAUGGCAGCGUUUGCCUCAAGAGCGAGUCCCGAGCUGUGUUGGCACCCAGCAUGCUUUGCCUGCUCCACUUGCAGUGAACUGCUGGUGGAUUUGAUCUACUUCUACCAUGAUGGAAAGAUCCACUGUGGAAGGCACCACGCUGAGCUCCUCAAACCACGCUGCUCAGCCUGUGAUGAGAUCAUCUUUGCUGAUGAGUGCACCGAGGCAGAGGGUCGCCAUUGGCACAUGAAGCACUUCUCCUGUUUUGAAUGCGAGACGGUUCUGGGAGGGCAGCGGUACAUCAUGAAGGAUGGCAGACCAUACUGUUGUGGCUGCUUUGAGUCUCUCUAUGCAGAAUAUUGUGAGGCCUGUGGAGAAAACAUUAGUGUUGAUCAUGCUCAGAUGACCUACGAUGGGCUCCACUGGCAUGCCACCGAUGGUUGUUUCAGCUGUGCCCAGUGUAAGAGCUCUCUGAUUGGUUGUCCUUUCCUACCAUACCAAGGUCGUAUUUACUGCUCCAAAGCCUGCACUCUUGGGGAGGACGUGCACGCCUCUGACUCUUCUGACUCCGCCUUCCAGUCGGCACGCUCACGAGAAUCCCGCAGCAGUGUGCGCUUAGGGAAGAGCAGCCGCUCAGCCGAUCAGUGCAGACAGUCGCUGCUCUUCUCGCCAUCGGUCAACUAUAGGUUCCCUGGCGUUAGUGGAAAUGCAGAGGACACCCUGACCAAGAUGAUAACUCACAGGAACUUGUCAGAUGAGCAUUUAUGGAGGGGCCAUGAGGAAGAGACUGAACCACCUGAGGACCCAGAGGAGUGGGCUGAACAUGAAGACUACAUGACUCAGUUGAUAUUAAAGUUUGGGGAACAUGGGGUCUUUCAGCAAGCCAGUGACUCUAGACCCACUGAUUUCUGGAUAGCUGAAAAGGAUGCCAAGAUAAAACAGGAGUGCUCAAAAACUGGCAGUGGUGGUGGAGCAAAAAGUGGUGGCCUGGCUAGUAAGAAGUACCAGGCUGACAUGUACUGGACGCAAUCUCAAGAUGGGCUUGGGGACUCUGCCUAUGGUAGUCAUCCGGGGCCUGCAAGCAGCAGAAAAAUCCAGGAGCUGGAGCUAGAUCAUGGAGCUGGCGGUGGUGUCCAAGGAGAGGAGCCAAAAUGGUACACUGACUCUAUAGAGUGCAUCACAGAUGAAUUCAAGAAAACAAAUCUGAGUGUCCGAGGCUCCAUGGAGUCACUUGCUCUCUCCAAUAUUACUGGGGCGUCUAUUUGUGGAGAUUAUAUGACUAGACCUCAAGUAUAUUCCUUGCAAAACCCUCGUGAAUUUGAGACAGAGGAUUGUGAGAAAACCAGUAAUAUGGGAACUCUCAACUCUUCAAUGUUACAUAGAAGUGCAAACUCUCUAAAGAGUCUUGAGGAAGAGGAUGUUCCAGAAGAGGAAGUACCUUUGCAGGACAGACCCAAACCUCAUAUCCCUGCCCUGAGAAGAGCACGCUCCCAGUCUAGACCCCAGCAAGUCAAGUUCUCUGACGAUGUGGUAGACAAUGGUCAUUAUGGUGAGCUUCCAUUGCGACAACCUCCUAUGAGUGAACGGACUCGCCGGAGAGUAUACAACUUUGAGGAACACAGUCAGAACCUUCAAUCUGGUCAACAUAAUCAUCAUCACAGGAGGCGCAGGAGUCGCAAAUCUCGCUCUGACAAUGCCCUUAAUCUUCUGCCUAAGGACAGAGCAAAAAUAUGCUACAAAGUGGAACACCGAGGCAGUGCCAUGGGACCAAAGGCUCAUCAAGUCUUCCAAGGUCAGCCCAGUGCUGCUGCGCUGACAGACUACAGACUACACAGCCCAGCUAAAGGGACGUUCCUGGGACUUUAUGGUGAUGAUGAUGACUGGUGUUCGACAUGUUCAUCCUCCUCCUCUGACUCUGAGGAAGAGGGCUUCUUUUUGGGUCAGCCCAUACCUCAGCCCAGGCCACACAGACAUUACUACAUGGAGAAUUUGGCCCAUUCUGUAGCCUGCAUGCCCUCUCCUGCUUAUGACCAAUGGACUAAGUCCAAAAAGAAAAAAGGCCACAAAGGGAAAAACUGUAUCAUUUCAUAGACUAUGCUGAACUCUAUGUAAUGCUGCCACUCUCAGCUUGCCUACUGUAAAACACUUCAC